ACUCCUUCUUUGGAAGGUAAUGACUUUCCAGUGUUUUUCCCUCUCAUAAAGCAGCUGUUUAACCGGGGCUGAAGUUGUUAUAAAAAUGACAGCACACCCAUUAUCCCGGAAGAAAGACUAAGCGGUUUUAUGAAUGAAGUUCAGCACAGUUUGUCCCGCUUUUUAUCAACACCAGCCGGACUCUGGGAAUGACAUUUGUUGCCACUAACAGGAUGGAGUGGCUGUUCCAGCGAUACUAUAAAGAGGCUGUCUUCCACUCUGUCUUUCGGUCGGUGCUGCUCAUGUCAUGUGUGUUCCUGGUACUGUCUGUUUCCAUGUACCCCGGGUUGUGGUCCAUUGGCGUUCAUCUCCAUUCAGCCUUGACAGGGAGCUAUGUACCAGGCCACCACUCUGUCCUCCUCCUCAACAGUCCCAACGAACAGGCAGCCAAGGACAUCGGCAGGGCAAUCAUGGAGAGGCGAUUGGCAGCCAGUAUUAACAUUCUCUCCAGGACCUCCACAAUGUACUAUUGGAAAGGCGAAAUCCAGGAUGCAAGUGAAAUUCUGAUGCUGGUGAAAACAAAGACCUCCAGGAUCCAGCAAGUCAUAGAUUUUGUGAGGUCUGUCCACCCUUAUGCAAACCCAGAAGUCCUCAGCUUCCCAGUGGAGGACGGUAGUUUGGCUUACAUGAAAUGGAUGGAUGAAGCCCUUCCAGAUGACUGAUACAUCAUUAAAAAUCAGAACUGGCGCCAGCAUGGACUGCAGCCGAGGAGGAAACUGAGCCAUGUGCACAUGCUGUUGUGUGCUGAAGGCUUUGGAUCGAAGGGUUCAGAAAACACUCUGUUGAACAAAAAGUUCAAUACGUGACAUUUACAUUAUUCUGUUGCUCUGACCUUUUCACUGUAAACUCCACAAUGUACUGUGGAGAUUUGAUUUCAGUCUUUUAAAAAAGCGUUAUGCCACAGCCACAGGAAAUACUUGUUUCUGAUUUGCUGCCAGCUGUCAGCUAAUAUCAUGUAAUGGGUGAAAUAGUUCCAGUCGACUGUGACAGUAUAUUAUCAGUUCAUUUUCACUGGUAAAACUGAUGCAAUAUGGAUUAAACUGACCACAAACUAACUGUUAA